GACUUGAUACUGCGCAGGUUUACUGCGCACGAGCUAAAAUCCAGGAAGCCGCAGAAGUUUGUGCAUUUAUCUCAUUUCCGAUCGUUUUCUAUGCUGAAGUGCAAUACAUUUGCACUCUUGCGAUAUUGCAGAGGUUAUUUAGGAGACUCGAGUUUUCAACUAUACUGAAGAUGUCACCGCUUCACUCUGUAGAGCUGGUAGAGGUGCGUGUGCCUGUCUAAGUGUGCAGCACAGACGGCAAAGCAGGCAGAGAGACGGUCCCCGAGACAGUAUAGGUUCUACAAUGAUGAAGAAAGCUGGCACAAGCCCAACUACACCAAGUUCACCAGAAGAAGGCACAAGUUCAGGGACCAGCACGACAGUAAGUCCCAGCGCAAGUCACGGUCUGGAGAUUGUCUCAGAUCCCGACAUGCCUGGUACUUCGGAGAGACACAAGGAGAAGAAGCUGAGCACAAGUUCAGGCAUCUCCGACCCAACGCGGCCAAAGCAGGUCAUGGUUGCUCAGCCGGGUUCAAACAAGCCGAAGCCAACAAAUCCGUCGGUGAAGAAGAAAGCUAUGGUCACUGCAGAAGUGGAUAUUAAUAAAGAGUUUAAUCGGUGCAAAGAAGAAGGGAAAACAAGGAUAGACCUUAGCAAAUCAAGUAUAACAGCAUUGCCAGCGUCUGUGCGGGAGCUGAAGCAUCUAGUUGAAUUCUACAUCUAUGGCAACAAGUUGACGACGCUGCCCGUAGAGAUUGGCAUGCUGACGAGCUUGCAGACGCUAGCACUGAGCGAGAACUCGCUCACCAGCCUGCCCGACACGCUCAUCAACUUGCGACAGCUGCGAGUGCUUGACCUCAGACACAACAAGUUGAACGAGAUCCCUGAUGUGGUGUAUAAGCUAACGUCAUUGACCACACUGUUCCUGAGGUUUAACAGGAUAAAGGUAGUAGGAGAAGAAAUAGGCCACUUGAAGCAAUUAAGUAUGCUGAGCCUAAGAGAGAACAAAAUCAAAGAGUUACCACAGGCGAUUGGAAAACUAGUGAAUCUCAUCAACUUUGAUGUGGCUCACAAUCAUCUAGAACAUUUACCUGAAGAAAUUGGCAAAUGCAUACACAUUUCAUCGUUGGAUUUACAACACAAUGAAUUGAAGGAUGUUCCAGAGUCAUUAGGAAAUCUUAGGUCACUUUCAAGGCUUGGGCUUAGGUACAACAGGCUAGCUAUAGUUCCAAAGUCAUUAAGAAACUGUGUUAAUUUGGAAGAAUUCAACGUGGAAGGGAAUAAUAUUUCCCAACUACCGGAGGGUUUGCUAUCUAGCUUGUCGAAGCUGACUGGUCUCACGUUAUCUAGGAAUGCAUUUACGUCCUACCCUGCUGGUGGCCCUCCUCAGUUCGCUUCGGUUUAUACAAUAAACAUGGAGCACAACCAGAUCAACAAGAUACCAUUUGGCAUAUUUUCCCGAGCCAGAAAUCUGACAAAACUCAACAUGAAAGAUAACCAGUUGACAUCCUUGCCACUCGAUACUGGCACGUGGACCAAUAUGGUAGAACUAAACCUGGGCACGAAUCAGCUGAGCAAGAUUCCAGAUGACAUCUCCAAUUUGCAAAAUCUGGAGGUGCUUGUGCUCUCCAAUAACCUUCUCAGGAGGCUUCCGUCUAGUAUUGGCAACUUAAAGAAACUGAGAGUGUUAGAUUUGGAAGAAAACAGGUUAGAAAGCCUGCCAAAUGAGAUCGGGUUUUUGCGAGAACUGACAAAGUUGGUCGUGCAGAGUAACCAGUUGAGCAGCCUCCCUCGAGCAAUAGGCCAUUUGAGUAACCUGACGUACCUAGGAGCAGGGGAGAACAAUUUAGCAUUUUUACCUGAAGAAAUCGGAACACUUGAAAACCUGGAGUCCUUGUACAUCAACGAUAAUCCCAACCUGCAUAACUUGCCGUUUGAGUUGGCCCUGUGUUCAAAGCUGCAGAUCAUGAGCAUUGAGAAUUGCCCACUUACACAGAUUCCUGCAGAGAUUGUAGCUGGUGGGCCAUCUCUCGUUAUACAGUAUCUGAAGAUGCAAGGCCCCUACAGGUCAAUGUGAGCACCUCUAAACUACGCAACAGUGUGGAGUGGGCAUUAUCCACAAGGUCGCAGACUCUACUGCUCUUUUACCGUGGAGGUCAUUGAGUUCACUAGCCACAUGGUAGCUCUGUGUGUGCGUGUGUGUGCGUGCAUGCAUGCGUGCGUGGGUCCGUGUGUGCGUGCGUGCGUGCGUGCGUGUGUGUGCGUGUGCGUGUGUGGGUGUGGGUGCAUAUGUGUGUGUGUGUGUGUGUGUGUGCGUGCGUGCGUGUGCGUGUGCGUGUGCGUGUGCGUGUGUGUGUACGCGUCGCAUGCACGAGAGCGGCAGUUAUGAAGUCCAUUGAUUGAAGCUUUUGGAAAUAAUAUUUAAAAAGAGCUUUUGACAGUUUGUUGCAAUGUGAUUGCAUUUGGUGUGAGAAUAUUAGAUUUUCUUUGCAUUCACGCAGCGAACGUGUGAUUGCAUGGAGCCUUGCCAUUUGAAGUUAGUGUGCUUUUUGCACACCCGUUUAAAUACCUUGUUGGGGAAUUGUGUUGUCGCUUACUGUUGCGUGCAUUAUCUCUCGGUGAUGUGUUGCUCCGUUAGUUCAAUCUGAUCUCAGUUGAGAAAUUUACUGAAUACACUGAACACGAACCACUCCGUGAGGUGCGUGCUGUUCAUAAGAACAUACUUGAUGAAUUAUGACAAACUGUGAAGCAACUGUGGAGAGCUGAACUGCAAUGCGAUUUUGUAAUCCUACUUGUUUUUCGAUUGGGAAUCGGUAAUGCACAGCAUGCGUGUUUGUACUGAUGAAUGAACCAGUCGGCAAACAUUUGUUCUGUUGUUACUAUUUCGCCUACUUUGCGGGUAACUAUGUGGUACUGGUUACGCUGUUGAAGCUAGGUUUGUUGUGUGUACAAUGUCUUUUUAAGGUGAUUAAGUAGUGACUGGCAGCUGUGAACGAGGGUGACGGCGUUCACACAUUGGUUUAUAGCACUUGGAGAUAUGGAUAAUUAGGGCACGCUAGGGUAUACUAAGUGUGCAUUUUGGGAGUAUUUUGUUGAAGUGGGGCAUGAAGGGAUUCAUAUAGAGUCUGCAGCCAAAGAAGAAUAGCAUAGAAAAUGGUGGUCGUGCUGACUGGGCGACGUUGUGUGUCAAUCAGUGGAUGAGAAAUUGGAUGGAGCAGCUAAACCUGGGUUAACCUCGUUGGUGGUGGGGUUGGGGAUGUUGGCACACCGACAUACCCCACCGCAGGAUAUGCCUACAGCUGUAGAACUCCUGUAUGUCACGAUUUCUGGCUGGUAUGGGUUAGCUUGAGCAUGUGCAAUUAUAAUCAUUGGCUUUUAAAAUAGAACUCCUUAGUACAACUUCCCAUAAUUGUGCAAUCUACUUCUCCGGGAAGCACUAACAAGGAUCGUGUAGCUUUGUAGAGUGUUAUUGUUUUUAAACAAUUAGUUUGGGAAAUGUAUUUUUGCUCAAAUUGAAGAUUUGAUAGUUUAACUGCGCCAUUCUGCCAAACUGGAAGCGUUCCGCACAUGCAUGAUAAUUAGCACGUGUUCUUUUAUUUUGGAUGGCGAAGAAAUGUGUUGCACACGAAGUAUGUUUUGUGUGGCUAAUUUUUGAGAGAACAGUUUAGAGGCAGUUUUAGCUUUGGUCUGCAUUAUUACGUCAAUACAUGUGUACUGUUAUACCCCGUAAAUACUGCAAAAAAUUGUAACCCACAUAAAACUAGUCCGGCCCACGUGCGCGCAAACUCGGAGCAUACGAAUACAUGCUAGUCAACAUGGCCAGAACUGGACUAGAACCAUAUACGCAUAUGAUGUGUUUCUAUAUGUGCUGCCUUUAGUUUUUAGCUUCUCUCUACAUGCCAUUUAAUUCUGGUUGUAAUCUAACUCGUCCGUGGUCUUGGCAAUGUAAGUAUAAACGUGCACAUUCCAGUACAGUAUAUGCCUUUUAAUAUCACCCGAAAAGAAUCCACACUGCAUUUAAACUCUUGAUCUCGUCGUUCUCCCAGUUAUUUUCUUAAUUUUCCAUUAUAUUAGUCAAGUGAUUUACGCUAUUCAAAAACGUUAUUAAGUUUGAAGAAUAAAGACACAAACAGACAAUUGCAAACGCUUUUUACUUUUAGAAAUGGCAGCCAAGCAUCGCAUGUGCAAGCAUAUUUCAAAUUAUGGUCCGCGCUUGGGCCCCAUCACGUGCACAUUACAAAUUCGUGUGGGAUGUCCCAUAACAGGCCAAUUUAGCGCGGUUAGAAGCGCUCCUGGCGCGUAAACACUGCGAAAAUUUUGUCCGGUAAAAUCUCUGACUAGUUUAAUGUAGGAUCAAAUUUGCAGUCUUUACAUGGUAUUAUUCGACUGCCAGAAUGUUUUUCUUAUCCAUUUCGCGCUUGUACAUUAUCGUAAAAAGCAUUUUAAAUGUUUUUAUCUUGGUCUUAUGGACGAGUUUUCCGUGUUUUAAUGCAUUUGUGCUUUUUUAAUGAUGGCACUGUAAGGUGCUGUGAUGGUGGAAAGAAUGUCUAGCUUGCACAGACAGUUUACUGUGAAUGUGUCACCGUGUCGAUCUAUUGACCAAGUGAAAAGCCCCGCAACGGGUUGAGGGCAUUGUCACGUUCUACUGCACCAUUCAGCUCUCCACAGAUGGAUUAUUUUCACACGUGGUAUAUGGUGACUCGUUCAUUGCUUUGUUUUUAUUGAGGACUGGAUUUUUAGCAGCAGUGUUUUGAAGUUCAUUGUCAAACACUUUGGGAUGUGUAUUUUAGAAUUUGCAGAGUGGAGAAUUAUCCCAUCGUUACGCCCUUGCCAUACUCUAGAAUGAGAUGUUCCUCGAGUGAAUGAGUGGCAGCGCGAAGAAUGGCCCAUGGAUGAUAAUUUCUGUACUGUGUGUUUUAAAAGAUUAUCAUCGUAGAGUUAAUAAAGCAGAGAUUGAAAAAGAAUUGAAAAAGCUGAGGAUUUCAGUGCAAGCGUGAAUUCUUUGGUUGACACGCCGACGGUAAGGAGGAUCAGUGCUGCCCGCGAAACCGAUCAUUUGAUACGCACUGGCACAUGAAUUCUCUUAUGUAAUUCAAGGCAGCGCGUUCGGGCCAGGGGCGGGUUCCGUUUAGACUAAAACUGGGGGUUUUCCCCGUAGAGAAUCGGUGGCCUGUACGCGUUAUUGACAUUUCCACUGUUGUUGUAAAAAAAGUAUCGUGCAUGAAAGUGCGGAGACAUUCGAAAUGAUACGUUAUAAUUAUUUCUCCCGUUGUUUGGGGAUUUUAUUGACAUAGCUAUGUCAGUCAUUGAUCAUGCUUUUAGAUUUUUGGAAACGUGUGUGUUAUGUAAAGUGACUGUGUGUUUGUGCAUUAAUAACGGUUAUUUAAAAUGCCCUGCAUCAGGCUUGAAAAUUAUGUCUGUAUUAUUGUACAGUAAAAAUAGUAGUAUUAAUAUACAGCUGUUACAGAGUAAAUUGAAAUGCAUAAAAUUGUGGAAAAUAUAAGUCUUGACAGCCAGGUAAUAAUCAAGUAGAA